CCGCUGCCCCCCGCCGCUGCCCCCCGCCACUGCCGCCGCCUCGUCUCGGCUCCCGGCCCCUUCAUGCGCGGCGGACGACAUCAUGCCCGUUUUGUAGCCGGGGGCCUCUCCUCUCGUCCCGCAUGUUCAGGACCAAACGCUCGGUGCUCGUUCGGCGGCUCUGGCGGAGCCGUGCGCCCGGCGGCGAGCAGCAGGAGGAGGAGGAGGCGGCGGCGGCAGAACCCGGCCAAGCGACGACGGCGACCGAGGCCCGGGCUCAUGUCUGCGGCGGUGGAGGAGGAGGAGGUGGCGGCGGCGGCGGGGGGAGCAGCAGCGGGUGCUGCCCGGGCAAAACGGGCCGCGGAGGACGGGGAUCGGCGGGCGCGGAGGCGGAACUGAAGGCGCUGACCCACGCCGUACUGAAGCGGUUGAAGGAGCGGCAGCUGGAGGGGUUGCUGCACGCCGUGGAGUCCCGAGGUGGGGCGAGGACCCCUUGCUUGCUGUUGCCCGCCAAGGCCGAUUCCCGGUUGGGUCAGCACUGGUACCCGUUACCGGUGUUGCUCUGUAAGGUGUUUCGCUGGCCCGACCUCCGGCACUGCUCCGAAGUCAAGCGGUUAUGUUGCUGUGAAUCCUACGGCAAAGCUCACCCCGAGCUCGUCUGCUGCAACCCGCACCACCUCAGCCGGCUCUGCGAGCUAGAGUCUCCCCCUCCACCCUACUCCAGAUAUCCAAUGGAUUUUCUCAAACCAACUGAUGAAAUGAAACCAAACCUGAAAUACGUGGGAGGCUCAGGUGGACUUCUGGUGGUUCACAGGGAAGUCACCACUGUGUCACGUUUACCAGCCAAGGUUCCUGUCACCAGCUCUGGUGGAAAACCCCAGGACAGUUCCUCUUCAUCACGCUGA